AUGGCGGCGGGUAGCGGGAGGCGGCGCGGAGUGCUGCGGCUGCUAAUGCGGAUCGGGUCGGUGCUGCUCACUCGCUUCCCGUUCUGGCACUGUCUCAGCGGCCUUCUCCUCAAUGCCGAGCGCGCCGAGGUUCGCCGGAAACCAGACAUCCCUGUUCCGUUUCUCUACUUUGAUAUGGGUGCAGCAGUUUUGUGUGCCAGCUUUAUGUCCUUUGGUGUGAAACGACGAUGGUUCGCUUUGGGGGCUGCUCUCCAGUUGUCUAUCAGCACCUACGCAGCAUAUGUUGGUGGCUAUGCACAUUAUGCAGACUGGCUGAAGGUGAGAAUGUAUUCCCGAACAAUAGCCAUAAUAGGUGGAUUUCUGAUCUUGGCAAGUGGCGCUGGUGAAAUCUACCGCCAGAAACCACGGAACAGAUCAUUGCAGUCUACUGGGCAAGUUUUCAUUGGAAUCUACCUCAUUUGUGUGGCCUACUCUCUUCAGCACAGCAAAGAAGAUCGCCUGGCCUAUCUUGGUGGUAUCCUGGGUGGGGAGAUCCUCCUACAGCUUCUCUUUGUUCUCUACGGCGUCCUUGCUCUGUCCUUUCUAUCCGGUUAUUACAUCACCACAGCUGCUCAAAUCCUGUCGGUAAUUCUUCCUCUGGUCAUCCUCUUCAUUGAUGGCAAUCUUGGUUUCUGGCACGAUUCUCGCAGAGUUGAAUUCUGGAAUCAAAUGAAGUUGAUUGGCCAAAACGUUGGGGUUUUUGGGGCUUCCAUCAUUUUGGCCACAGAUGGCUGAGCAUAACCCAGGGGACUUGAGGAACUAUGCUUGAUUUCAGGCCAGGGAGAGCAGAAGACUUCCGGAGAAGGAACUGGGAUGAUUUCAAACAAUUGCUUAUUUAUUUUUUGGUUUUACUGCAUUGUUGAAACUCUUUGCUCUUUUCCACUGGCAGCUAAACGAACUUAUAUUCUUUCUUUAUAAUGUGGGGUCA